AACGUGCUCCGGUGCGGUGUGAGAUAAAAACCGACGACCCCUCGGCGCCAUUACCAACACAAAUUUACCAUUUUACCCUUCUCUUCCAUUCCAAGUAAACCCAAAUUCUCUCUUUCUCCUCCUCACAAAUUCAAAUUCUCUAUUCGCUGAUUCUCUCCGACACAAACCUCUGUUUCUUUCUUUUCGUAUUCGUUUACUUUCUUUGCGAUUGUCGCUACAUUGAUGGUCGUUUAGAUGUCUCCGGUUGCUAUUAUUAGCAGGUGGGCGGUAUUGAUUCGAUUCUAAUCAAUUUGAGCUAUGUCUCUCUCUCUCUCUCUUUCAGUGAUUUUGAGAUCAAUAUGAUGUUUAAUCGGAGAAAUUAGAGUGCAAUAAUCGGGUGUUAAGAUGGGGAAUGGUGAAGAAACAAAAUGUGUUUUCCCAUUGACGAGUCUCCAGAUCGGAGACAUGCAAUCAUAUAUAUCUGACCUCAGCAUAUUCCUGGGGAAUAAAAGUAAAAAGAUGUACAUAUUCGUGGACAACCAGCCAUGGUCUAACCCUGGCAUCCGAUCUGCUCACUUGUGGCAGAUAGUGGUUACAAAUUAUAGACGCUCCCCUUUUGCAAACAAAGGUCGAGAGGAGAAGAAAAAGCAGAACCAGGAGGAUGAGGAGGAGAAGCCUAAAGAGGCGUGUUCCCAGCCCAACAAUAAGAAAACGGAUAACCUUAAGAAAUGGUUCUCCUUGAUCGAUGCCACAACGUUUUCUAAGAAGAAACUACCUGCAAAGAAACUAGACGAGACCUUCUACGGUUUCAUAGUGUUUGAAGUUGAAUGGGCUAACGUGAGGGGUAUCAGUUACUUGAAUGAGCUACAGACAGACACUUCUCUUGCUAUAGAAGCUAAGUUGAUGCGAAGGUGGGAGUUUGAGAGUAUCAAUGAAGCUGCCACAAAUAUGUCCCAAUGGUUCUCUGGAUCAAAAUCUGAACGGCCUUGCUUGAGGGAAUAUCUUGAUCCAUCUAAAGGAGAGGUUUUUCAUGACGCUUCAGUGGAUUUCCCAAAACCUUCUCCUGUUGAUGAUGAAGUGGAAACUGACUCUCCUUGCUGUUCGAGAAGUGUCUUCAGCGUUGACCACUCUAUUGCAGAUUAUGAUGAAAAUGAUCCCCACACACCGCCUCUCACUGGACCAUACAAGAGAAGAAGAGUAAGUAAAGCAAUCACAAACGGAGUUGAACUUGACUAUAUGGGGGAAACACCCAGAAGAAAAGACAACUCAUUCGACCACUGGGAAAGCCAUGUCCCUGAUGGUGAUGAGACCAUCAUCGAAGCAACACGGUAUAAAGACGUCCUAGUUCUCGUUAGGUUUGGCGACCGUGACCUCCCCUUCAAACUCCGAGAGGUUAUAAUGUCUGACAUACGCUUGCUCACUCUACUCGAAGCUAAUCUCCCUUCUUGGGUCUUGUUCCUUCAGUCUUACCCCUGCCUUUGCCAUCUCUACCGUCCCUGGAUGUGUCUUCUCGCCAGAGCGCUCUACGUGAUGAUAUCAGUCAUCACCGUCGUCAUCGGCUUCUACGACCUCUACAAGAACGUGCCCGUCCUCAAAGCCACCGCGUCUCGUCUCUGCGGACCGCUCUUUGAUUGGGUCGAAACGUGGGACAUGGUGUCGAGGAUAAAGUACUUGGGGACGAUGCUGUUUCUCCACAACGUUCAGAAAGCUGUCAGGUGGGGUCUGACGAUGGCGCGUGGGGUGCAGUCGUUCGUCUCUUUGCUCGUGAUGCCUCUGGUGAAUCCUCUUUUGGAGGUUCUUGGUUUGCUUCUGCCGCUGUGGAACUCGCUUGCGGAGACGGUGUUGAGCUUGGUCUCGGUGGUUUGGAUAGUGGUCGAGUCUGGUUGCAACCUCGUUGGUGAUGUGGUGGAAGUGGUGCUUUUGCCUAUUUGGUUGGUCGUAUCAGUAGUUUUGAACAUCAUAAAUACUGUGUUGCUGCCUCUGCUUUGGAUCUUAUGGGAAGUGUUAUAUGCACCGAUCAGGGUGGUUGCUGCAUUGGCCAACGGUUUAGCUUUAUCCUUCUCGUACGUAUUCGAUGUUCUCGGAGACUUGUGGCGGUACAUGAGCAGCUUAGUGCAGUUUGCAUCUGAUUCUCAAGCGGCUGUGAAGACUUAUGAAGUCUCCAUGUGGCGUACACUUUGGAACGACCUCUUUUCUCAUGUUUUUCGUGCGGUCAGGAGUAUAUUAAACGGAUUUGUAGCCUUCUUUGCUGCAUGUAACAAACAUCGGCUUAGUAUAUAUAACCACAUACAAGACUUUAUCAAGAGACUGCGUGGACGAACCUUGAGAGCAGACUCAGAACAUGACAGGUCUGCUAAGAACCAUCAACGUACAGGAGAUGAUACGAGGAGGAAGUUGCACCUUGCAUAGAAGUCAACACCAGUAUCUUAAUUCGUUUCUUUUUUUUUUUUAAACCGGAAAUGAUAAGUUAACAGUGUAUAUAGAUAGGUUUUACUUGCACACUUGCAUAUAUUUUGUCGUCAGAAAACAUGAGUUCCAAAUCAACCAAAGGAUGAUGUAUAUACUACGUACUUACUGUGUAUGAAAGAAAGGAGACACUCGCUCUUGUUGCAAA